CUCCUGAGGUCAUUCUCCUUAGAGACCUAUAAAUCUUACAUGCCUUCUUUGUUUUAAGCCAUUGUUCUCAGCUUACAUAGUCAAGCUUGACUAAACACAAAAAGCAAAUUUCAAGCAUAUUAUAGCAAAUUAAAAUGGGGAUAACAACAUUUCCCACUAUUGAGAAGUGCACAUUGGAAGGGCGAGAAAAAGAUACAGUAGUAGCUGACUUGGAUGGAACUUUAUUACGUAGUAGAACCUCCUUUGCUUAUUUUGCAUUGGUAGCUUUCGAUGUUUGUGGGGUCUUGAGGUUGAUGUUUCUUCUCUUAGUUUCACCUCUUAUCGGAUUCCUUUACUAUUUCAUCUCGGAGUCUGCUGGAAUCCAAGGUAUUAUCUUUGCAACUUUUGCAGGGAUGAAAGUUUCUGAUACAGAAUCGACUGCACGUGUUGUGUUGCCAAAGUACUAUUCCGAGGACCUUCAUCCUGAGUCUUUGAGAGUGUUCUCCUCAUGUGGGAAACGUUGUGUUUUGACAGCAAACCCUAGGAUUAUGGUGGAACCAUUUUUGAAGGACUACUUGGGGGCAGAUAUUGUCAUUGGUACUGAGAUUGAAACAUAUAAAGGUAGAGCAACCGGCUUUGUUAGGUCACCAGGAGUUCUUAUUGGACAGAAAAAGGCUGAUGCUCUUCGAAAAACUUUUGGAGAAAGUCAACCUGAGAUUGGCUUGGGUGAUCGUGAUACUGAUAUUCCCUUCAUGACAUUGUGUAAGGAAGGCUACUUUGUGCCGUCAAAACCAAAAGUAAAGGCUCUAACUGCGGAUAAGCUUCCCAAGCCCAUUAUCUUCCACGAUGGUCGCCUCGUACAAAAGCCAACACCCCUAAUGGCUCUUCUCAUCAUUCUUUGGAUCCCAUUUGGCUUUCUGCUUGCUUGCAUGCGGAUCAGCAUAGGAUUACUUCUCCCUAUUUCUCUUCACUAUUACGUAUGUUGGCUUUCUGGUAUUCGUUUCAUCAUUAAAGGAGUCCCACCACCUCCUAUCAAGAAAUCUAAAGACAAAACAGGCAUACUCUUUGUUUGCUGUCACAGGACACUUCUUGACCCUUUUUUUCUCUCUGUAGCGCUUGGUCGCCAUAUCCCAACUGUUUCAUACUCUCUUUCACGAAUAUCUGAGAUUAUUUCACCUAUUAAAACAAUUAGACUCACUAGAGAUCGAGCAUCGGAUGCUUCCAUAAUCAAAAAAUUGUUAAAAGAAGGUGAUCUUGCAAUUUGCCCAGAGGGGACUACUUGUCGCGAACCAUUUCUUCUUAGGUUUUCAUCAUUGUUUGCUGAGUUAACAGACGAGAUCGUGCCAGUGGCACUGGAGAGUAAGACGAGCAUGUUCCAUCCCACUACUGCAAGAGGUUGGAAAGGGAUGGACUCGUUUUACUUUUUCAUGGACCCUAGUCCGAUUUAUAAAGUUACAUUCUUGAACAAGUUGUCCUCUGAGCUCAUUUGCAAGUUUGGGAAGCCAAGUCAUGAAGUUGCUAACUACAUACAAAGGGCCAUUGCUACAACUCUUUCUUACGAGUGCACUAAUUUUACCAGGAAGGAUAAGUAUCGUGCUCUUGCUGGAAAUGAUGGCACGGUUGCGGAGAAGGGAAGACGAAUUAAGGCUAAGAAAUUGGCAUCAUAUUCAUAUGACAAGUUGGUUCGCUAAAUGGAAUAAAACAGCCCAAGGGGAUUUGGCUCCUCUACAUUUCCCCCAAGUUUUUAUUUUGUUUGAUGGCGUAUGUCAUAGUUCAAAAGAAUGGAUAAGAUUUAAUUAUUCUAAAGUAAAUUUUUAACCAUAAUUUAGAUAAUAAAUACAUUAUAUAUUUAGUUUAACAAUAUAUUAUCUGGUUCAUAGAAAUAACAACAAAAAUCUUUUCUUCCUAAA